UAACCUUUUCCUGGUAUUUACGACGACAUCACGAAGAAAUGUCACUUGCACAAAAGAUACAUUUCCAAACAAAAAUUUUGUGUAAACAAAGAAAGUAAUUAAAGAAAAUAGUGAAACUUUAUUUUUCAACGACAGUGACGUAGUGAUUAUUUGAUAAUUAAGUGUUUAUUGAAAAUAAGAUAUCUUGGUUAAAUAAAUAAUUAUUUCUCAAAAUAAAAUACAAAGUGUGCCAUUCACUUUGACUGAUAAAAGACAAAGUAGAAAAAAAUAAUAUAUUAAAAAAAAAAAAAAAAGAAAAAAUGUAUAAACAAAAUUUUGAGCUUGAUACUCAGGCUGCUUUAAGAAUUAUUAAAAAUAUGAGCAAUGAUGAAUUAAAGGAAUUACUAAAUGACGAUGAGAAAUUUGAAGAAGUUAUUAAAAAUGUUGAACAGUUCAAGGAGUACGAGACAGAGAAGGAAAUGUUGAUGGCAAGCAAUAGAUCUUUAGCGGAAUAUAAUUUAGCAAGACAACCAGAAUUAGAAGAAGGAAAACAAGAACUUCGUGAAUUAAGUGAAAAAGGAAGUUUACUUUGUACAAGUAUUAAUGAAAAAUUGGAUGAAAUAAAGGAAAAACCUGGAAUGAUGAGUGUAGAUACUGCAUUGGACAUGCUUCAAACAGCUGCAUCGGAAAUCGAUGAACAGUCUGAGACAGUGGCGAAAAAAUUUGUAGAUGGUGAAAUAGAAGUCGAUGAAUUUCUCGAUCAAUAUUUAUCGUUGCGUCUAUUGGUACAUUUGAGAAAGGUGAAAGUUGAAAAAAUGCAGGAACUAAUUAAAUCCAAGGACAAAGGAGUUGGUUAUCCUGCUUUAGGAAAAUUUCCAGGAAUGUCGCCUUCAUUGCCAUAUCCAUCUGGAAUUGUAUCAAUGCCUAUGCCCGUACAAAUGCCACCAUAUUAACCAUAAUUCUCAAAAAAAAGAAACUUCGUAUUUUAAUUUCUAGAACAAAAAAAAGAAAGAAAGAAAGAAAAAUGAAAUUAAUGAAAAUUUAUUAUUUUUGGAAAUUAAAGAAAUAAUUAAAUUCUAUUUUUAAUUGCGGAAAAAAAACCAAUUAAAUUGUUUAUUUAUUAUAAAUAAAUGCAAUAAAUUUAUUUAUUAUAAAUAAAUAUUGUUACAUUUAUUAUAAAUAAACAAAUUCGUUUUUUGUUUCAGUGAAAAAAUCGAAUUUUUAAUUCUAAAUAAUUCAAUUGUAUAAAAAUAAUUAUGAAAUUCUAUUUUCAUUUUUGUGACAAAAAUAAAGUUUACAAAAAUAACUCAAUUUUCAUUUAAAGUGUUAAAAAAAAAUAAAAUAAUGAAAAUUGUUUAUAAUCUAGCAAAUAAUUAAUUAUAUUCAAUGAAUGUACCAAAUGAGACGCAUCUUAAAGAUGAAAAUGAACGUUUGAAUUUUUAAAAAAAAAAACAAGAACAAAAAUUAAUUUCUCAUUAAGCUGAAAUGGUAUUGCGAGUAUGAAAAUUACUUUGUAUUUUUACUUUUAAAGUUUGUUAAAUAUAAAUAAAAUAUUUUUAUUUGUAACAAGAA